GCGGUCGGAGGUACGUCACUUCCGAGGCGGGAGGAUGGAGUUGAUUGACCAUGUUCUCUGCGACAGUCAGGAAGGGUCUGCUGAAGAUGAGGGUCAUGGACUUUGCCACAUCAACGGCCAUCCUGCCCCUGCUGUUUGGCUGUGUGGGAAUCUUCAGCCUCUUCAAGCUGCUGCAGCACAUGCGCAUUAAGACUUAUUUCCAGAAUGUAGUGGUGGUCAUUACAGGCUCCACCUCGGGACUGGGGCUAGAGUGUGCGAAGAUCUUCUAUGCUGCGGGUGCUAAGCUGGUGCUCUGUGGCCGGGAUAAGGAGGCCCUCGAAGAGCUCACCAAAGAACUCACUGCUUCUCAGGUCACCAAGGUGCAGACACACAAGCCUUACAUGGUGACCUUCAACCUCGUAGACACUAAGGCCAUAGUUGCAGCAGCAGAUGAGAUCCUGCAGUGCUUUGGCCAUGUGGACGUGCUUAUCAACAAUGCUGGCAUCAGCUACCGUGGCACUAUCAUGGAUACCACCAUUGAUGUGGACAAAACAGUGAUGGAGACAAACUACUUUGGCCCAGUUGCUUUGACAAAAGCUCUCUUGCCCUCCAUGAUCAAAAGGCGAAAAGGCCAUAUCGUUGCCAUCAGCAGCAUCCAGGGCAAAAUCAGCAUUCCUUUUCGAUCAGCAUACUCAGCCUCCAAACAUGCAGCCCAGGCAUUCUUUGACUGUCUUCGUGCUGAGAUGAAACAGUAUGAAAUUGAGGUGACUGUGAUCAGUCCUGGCUAUAUCCGCACCAACCUCUCUCUAAAUGCCAUCACUGCUGACGGGUCCAAAUAUGGAGUUAUGGACAAGACCACGGCCCAGGGCCGUAGCGCUGAAGAGGUAGCUCAAGAUGUUCUCACCGCUGUGGGGAAGAAACAGAAAGACGUGAUCCUGGCUGAUCUGGUUCCUUGCUUGGCCAUUUAUCUUCGAACUCUGGCUCCUGAGAUCUUCUUCAGCCUCAUGGCCUCUCGGGCCAGAAAGGAGCAGAAAUCCAAGAACUCCUAGUGCCCAGCCGGGUAGGGGAGCAGCACCUGCUGACACUGCUGCUCUGAGGCUUGACUGGAUAGUUGUCGCGGGUGGGAAAGAUAAAAAGAUACACUUCUGCAGACCUCUGGUAUGGCCCCCAAAAGAAGAGAAUGGGACCAAAAAGACCACCAGCUUCUUCCCAUGGGUGAGGGUGAAGGAGUAACUGUGGAGCUGGGUUUUAUUUCAAAAUGAAAUAAAUGAAUGUAACAGUAAGUCCGUAAUCCUCCAGAAAUACCUCCUUUGAACUAUAGCUUCCAUCUAGAAAGUGUUUCAGUCUUGUUAUCAGAAGCCAUCCGGACAUCAACGGGCCCCUCUUCUCAUAUCUGGCUUAUCCAAGACCACUUACGUGGGUGGAGUCUAUCUCUAGGCUCCAGCAGUAUCUCAUUCAGUACCACAAAUGGACUGUGAUCAAUCAUUUGGCAGCCCAACUGACCCCAGCUUCACCAUCUGAAAGGAGUCCCCGGGCUCCCUGGUGAUUCUUACCCUGUAGAACCAGGCAUCGCCUCAAGCAGAUGAACUUACUAAGUAGAUGGCAGCCCAAAGGCAGGUUGCAGACUCACAUGAUCCCAUGUAUCUAGAAAACACUCAACACAGGUGGGGAGGGACUCUAAAGCAGUACCUGCUCCCCUGGUGGAACCAGUCUGUUUAUUAGCUGUGACUUUGAAGCAUAGCCAGAAAUACCUGCUUCCAUCUUUCUGGUUUAUUUAAAAUACAUGGUUGUGGUUCAUUGAGUUAACUUCCUAUUUGAAGUUUAGGACAAAACUUAACCAUCAUUGAAAUUGACAGUGGAAACUGUGGGGCCAUUGUACAGGCUUAUCCAGGUUGGAAUAAAAACCUAACAUCAUAUUGUCAUCUUACAC